AAUCUCCCUAAAUUAAAAAAAGUAAUGAUAUACUAGAAGUUGUUUAUUUUUAGUGUUUUUUGUGUGCUGUUUUGGUAGGUUUUCUAUGUGUUGUCUAGUAGCAUCUUUAAUUAAUAAUUUGUGUGUUUCUAUUAUUCAGUUUCCAUAUAAUUAUAAAAAUAAUACCUCUAGAUUACAAGUGUUAUAACAUUGCCUUUAUACUAUGUAUCUAUAUAACUAUAUAUAAAUGAUUUUAGAAAGUCAUUCAUUGUGUAAUAUAAACAUAUUAAUUAAAUCUAGAUAGAUAUUUAAUACACACUCAAAUGUGUAUAUUUGAGUAUUAUUUUUAGCAUUUUGACUUUGAAGAGAGAUUGUUAUUGUUUUGAACUUUCAAGUUUUUGUUUGACGAGGGAAAUUUAAUAAAGUAAAGUAACGGAGAACGUCGUUUUCAUUUUCUUUUUGCAUGUAUUUUUGUAAAUUUGUGUAUCGUAUUGUAAUAACGGCCCCAUGCCAAAAUUAUUGGAGUCUUUCAAAUUAAAUAAACAGAAUGAGAAAACUUUAACUUAUUAAAUUCCCCAAAAUAUUUCGUGUGUGAAACAAACUGACCAUAUUUUUUGACGUCGAUUUCGAUUUCGUUUCUCAUCUUUCAACAAAUUUGAACAAGUGAAUCGUGAUUGUGACUCUUGAAGAUUUGGGAUCGAAGAACGAAUCUUUUUUUUUUUGAGAACAUCUUUUACUGACAAAAAGAUGAACUUCGUUUUCUAUUCUUGGGUUUUUAUGUUGAUGAUUCACUGAAAAGAGAUUGCAAUUUCGUUGUUGUGGUGUGAGGUGAGGGACUCAAAAAGAGAGACAAUGGAGUUUAAGGAGAUUAGAUCCGUGAUUGAGAGAUCUAUGCGUUAUAAUGAACUGUUUCAACAACCUCUGCGUCAAGAAAAGAUGAGUGUUGUUAAGAGUUUUAUCCAAAAGUCCGAUUCUGGUUUCAGAGUGGUUCCAACGAAGGAGCUCUGUCGAGUUUAUCUCCAGAAACCUAAUUUGUUGGCUUCUAAAGGUGUAAUUGAUGCACAAGCCAAGCCUCCUCACAGGAGAUUUGGUAGGAGUUAUGAUCAGCAAAACUUGAAGUCGACGAGGCUGAGACAUCAUCAUCAUCUUCAUACAAGUGUUGAUGAUCCUCUGAAACCCAAAAUGGAGGAGGAGAAGAAAGAGAUUUCUCAGAGAUAUUUUACUCCUCUUGGUUUCAGUAGUGGUUCUCAUUUGGGAUAUAGGAAGAAAGGAAAAGACUUUUUAGUUGAGAAGAGUUCUAUGGCAAUGAAUAAUAAACUUUGUCAUGGUACUACUUCAUUUGGUCAGAAGAAGGAGAGAGUUGUGAGAGAAGUUAAAUCCAAUUUGAUGGUUAGUACAUCUAGGGACACAGUUGCAGCAGAUGUGAAGUUGAGGGAUUCAUCUUCUUCAGCUUUCAUUACCAAGGAUAAAAACGAUGAUUGUUCCAAUGCAUCUCCUGAAUGUCAGACGAACUCAGAAGAAGCUCAUCAACCUAGUCCUGUUUCUGUUCUAGAGCCAAUGUUUUACGAAGAUAUCUUAGACGACAGUGAAGAUCUCGAUUUUCAAAGUCUAGAGGAAGAGCUUGAGACCCUGAAAUCUGAAUCUGAGAGUUAUUCAGAUGGGAGUGGGAUGGAAGUAUCGAGCGAUGAGGAGUCUGUGGUCGGUUCUGAAGUCAAAGAAAGCAAGGAUGUUGAACAAAUUGGGUUCUUGGAUACUCAACAAAGCAGGGACUCUUCCUACAUUGAUGAUAUCUUGGCUGAAGCUGUACAAGGGGACAAGAAUUGGGUUCCUGACAAACAAGAUUUAGCCAUCAGCCCCAAAAUCUUCGAGAAACUGGAGAAGAAGUAUUACACAGAAACAUAUUGGAAGAGUUCUGAAAGAAGGAUAUUAUUUGAUAGAGUCAAGUCAAGCCUGGUCGAGAUUCUAGAAUCGUUUUCAGCUACACCAACAUGGAAGAAACCCGUUUCUAGGAGACUUGGCACUGCACUAAGCACAUAUGCACUGAAACAAGAACUCUGGAAAGUACUUGCUAAGCAAGAGAAGCGAGCCAAGAAAAAACCAUUGGCCAAAGUGCCAGUCAUAGACAUUGAUGAGUGGUUAGAACUUGAAGCUGAUGAUGAGUCAGUGGUUUGUGAAUUAGAAAGUAUGAUAGUGGAUGAUUUGUUGGCUGAGGUUGUCAGCUUCAUGUAGGGUGUAGAGUGAUUCUUUUCAUUCUUUUUCAUUUCACAUUGCAUUCUCUGCAUUUUAUUUGAGAUAUAGAAAACAGAGUAGUAGUUGCAUUUGGCUUGCAUUAUCAAAGGGAGAUGUAUAGCAUUUGAGAAGAGUUGUGUAUACAAAUAGUUUCUUUGUCAGGUCUAGGAUCGGCCUCUUAGCAAGUCAGUCACAUUGCUUCAAAAGCCUAUUGUGACUUGUACCCAUUUGUCAAAGUAUUUCAACAAGUUUUUUUGUGUGAAUGAAACAGGAAUUUGAUUGAAACAGUCUCA